ACUUUUGGGCAGCUUGGCUACUUUAGAAUGGCUAAAAUAUACUGACGAAAUAUUUAAUUGGCUUCUUAGCAAGUAUGGCUAAAGAAAAACAACCUCAUUGGUCGGAUAUUUUGAAAAGAAGAUUAGCAAACGCAAAAAAAGAUGAGAGGAGCGAAGAGGAAAAGAAAGCAGAAGAAACAGAGCUGUUCACCAAAUACUAUACAGAGUGGAAGGAAGGAGGCGACAAAGACAAGUCCUACAAGACCAUCCCACGAUUUUACUACAGGCUACCAGCAGAGGAUGAAGUGUUACUUCAGAAACUGAGAGAGGAAUCCAGAGCCGUGUUCCUGCAGAGGAAGAGCAGAGAGCUGCUGGAUAAUGAGGAACUGCAGAACCUGUGGUUCCUGCUCGAUAAGCACCAGGUGCCUCCAGUGAGCGGGGAGGAGGCCAUGAUCAGCUAUGAAGCCUACCUGCAGGUGGGGGAGCAGGCCGGGCCCAAGUGCAGUAAAUUCUUCACAGCCAGAGUGUACGCCAAGCUGCUCCACAGCGACCCCUACGGCAGGAUCUCCAUCAUGCAGUUCUUCAACUACGUCAUGAGGAAAGUGUGGCUGCAUCAGACCCGUAUCGGCCUGAGUCUGUAUGAUGUAGCAGGACAGGGCCACCUCAGAGAGUCGGAUCUGGAGAACUACAUCCUGGAGCUGAUCCCCACUCUGCCUCAGCUGGACGGACUGGAGAAGUCCUUCUACUCCUUCUACGUCUGCACCGCUGUCAGGAAGUUCUUUUUCUUCCUCGACCCCCUCCGAACAGGAAAGAUCAAAAUCCAGGAUAUAUUAGCCUGCAGUUUUCUGGAUGAUUUAUUGGAGUUGAGAGACGAGGAGCUGUCUAAAGAGAGUCAGGAGUCCAACUGGUUCUCUGCCCCCUCAGCUCUCAGAGUCUACGGCCAGUACCUGAACCUGGAUAAGGACCACAACGGCAUGCUGAGCAAAGAGGAGCUCUCACGCUACGGCACUGCCACGCUCACCUCCGUCUUCCUGGACAGAGUGUUCCAGGAGUGCCUCACCUACGACGGGGAAAUGGACUAUAAGACCUAUCUAGACUUUGUGUUGGCGUUGGAGAACAGGAAGGAGCCGGCAGCAUUGCAGUACAUUUUCAAACUUUUGGACAUGGAGAAUCGAGGAUACCUCAACGUGUUCUCCCUCAACUUUUUCUUCAGGGCCAUCCAGGAGCAGAUGAAACUCCACGGACAGGAGCAGGUCACGUUCCAGGAUGUAAAGGAUGAGAUCUACGACAUGGUGAAGCCUAAAGACCCCUACAAGAUCACCCUCCAGGACUUGGUGAACAGUUGCCAGGGCGACACAGUCACCAGCAUCCUGAUCGACCUCAACGGCUUCUGGACCUACGAGAACAGAGAGGUGCUGGUUGCCAGCGACAACGACGGCAGCAGCAGCAUGGCAGAUCUGGACGACAACUGAAGAUUAUGUGGCAGAAGCGACGCUCCUGGUACCAACGUUUCACUCCCAAGCUGAAAGCACUGAACACUUCCUGUUUCCCAGAGCCUGGAGAAAUGAAUGGAUUGAUGGAAGGAGGAGACACAGUGCUUUUUGUUCCCGACUGCUAUGUUCCUGUAUGGAAAAUGUCAUACAUGUGUUUUUGUCUUUGACCUUUUUUUAAAUAAAUGUUUCCUUAAAGUUCCUUUCCUCA